ACCGAGUUCCUACGCCGAACCGGGCUAGCACCCACCCAAGUGUCCACCAACACUUACCGGAUAAUAAACGGCGUGCACGAGCUAAACAACCGGUUAGGCAUAAGCCUAGGUUUAGCCGAGAUCCUGCGCCAAUACACCCUAGGCCACACCGGCAACGGUCUCGCCUAUUAUCUCAAGAUUAGACCGGGCAGAGAGAAAAUCGUGACCGGCACACCAGACAAGGAUCUUCACGACGAUGAUUUCUUUUGGGUGUCUGGCAAUUACGAGACAGCCGAGGUACCGGGCUGGAUGAUAAGCAAAAACUUUGGCAGCACAUGUAAGCCGCGCAAACUACCUCGGUUAAUACGCUUUCUUCGUGUUUUUGUACUUUAAUCAUUUUCUUUCUUGUUUCUUUUGCAGCAAUCCAAGCCUUGCAAGCCAACUAUCAUUUCCCCAACGUAGAGGCAAUCAGGACCGCGCUUCGCUACCGCGACCGAGAUUGCAGCCAAUUGCUCGGCUACAGUCCCACAUACAGAUACUCCGCUCCCCGCCAGAGUAAAGUUACAGACUUCCUCCACGCUCCAACACCUCCACCAGAUCCAACUCUGCCAGACGUUUCCCUCAUUCGCCUGACAGAGGAACAAGAAAUGGCCAAACGAAGCAGAAUCAAAAACCUGCUCACCGCCACAUCUGCCGAGAUGCCGAGCGUUGUCACUCGCUCACCAGCCGCCGGUCAAUCUAACGGCGCCGUGGUCGCUCUUGCCUCUCAAGCGACUGGGCAGUCUAGCCGAGAACCUGCUCCACGCCGUGCUAGUAAAAGAGCUCGGGCAGACCCAUCUGCCGAGCUUGUCGCCGAGCUGACUACCGAGCAUCUAUCUGAUGCUCUUGUCCCAGUGCCGACCUGGCGUCCACAGCUGAAGCACCGGGGUCAAGACAUCUCGGCUACGGCUUCGAUCAAGGGCGAUAAAGAGCAUUUGCUCGCCUUCGAUCUUUCCAAAGCUCUUCUUCUACCGGGCGACAUGGUCGGCAGCGACCACAUCCCUAACACUCGGUUGGUAAAAUCAUCAGUGAAGUCCAUGGCCAGGGCCAUUUAGAAACAACACCUCGUAUUGGAGCGCAUCCAUAGACUUCAGCAAAAGGCCAAUGACACAGCCAGCUAAGUCGAGAGCCUCCAAGCCGAGCUCGGCCGGACAAAGUCUUCGCUUGAGAUGGCAAAUACAGAUAACAACAAACUGCUCGGUCGGCUGGAAGAGGCCGAGAAAAAACGGGAUGAGCUCCAGACCGAGGUACGAGCGCUCAAAAAGUCGAAGAAGAAAGACUGUCGGGCUGCUAACAACGCCGGCUUCAACGAAGCCAAGCAGAGCUAUAAAAAACAAGUCUUUGCAACACAAGACAUUUACUUCAAAGCUGGCUGGAAGACCGCCUGUGAGCAUCUCGGCCAGGGCUCUGACACCGACGUAUUUGCCAAUCCUCCUCCUGCUCUGCUACCGGUCUACCUCGUGCCAUACGCAAACGACGUAUUCAGCGCUUUGCAAGCUGAGGCCAAGGAAGGGCUUGAAGAGGGAGACGCCGAGACAGAUUCAGAGGCGGAGGAUGCUGAGGUGCAGGAGCAGCCCGGCCAUGAUGAGCCCGGUGCACAAGACAAAAGUCCAACCAUCAACCUUGAAGCCGCCGAGGACGAGUUUACCAAUCUCUCCCCCUUAGUUUAGUUUUCUUCUAUUUUUGUAUUUUUGCUUUCGCGCUUUUGAUGUAACCGGGCUCUGUCCCCACCUUAUGUAUUUACUUUCUUAUCAAUGAAAAACUCAAAUUGCGCUAAGUGUUUGCACGGUUGUUAUCAAUUCCAUCUUCGGCAAAUCAUCUCGGUAUUAAAUCAUAGAUUGAACAACACCUCGUCAAUCGGAAUUCAUAACUCGGUUGAAAUACUUAGAACAAAACGAAUUCUUAAACCGAAAUAACCAUCUCGGUUGGUAAUAACAAAGUUGAACAAAUCACCAACUCUUCCAACCGGAGUAAAUCAUCUCGGUUG